AUGGCUGCUACGGCGGCAAUUGCCAUUGCAGCACCUGGGACAUCGCCCUCCCAGCAGAUCAGGUCCUCUUCCUCGCCUCUGUCGAUCAGUGACCUGCCCCUCACAGCCUACCUCGCUCCCUCUCAGGGCCAUUUCGACGAGCAUGGUCCGCUGGGCAAGCAGGGCGUCGUCUCCUCCGAAGUCGACCUCUGCUCCAAUGUGGGAGCAGACAUGCUCCUUGCAGGUGGGUCAGCGGCAGAUGCAGUCAUUUCCACGGCCCUCUGUGUCGGAUCCAUCGACUCCUUCCACUCCGGCAUCGGCGGAGGCGGCCACAUCCUCGUCCGGUCCGGCAAGGGCAAAGUGACCCACAUCGAUAUGAGGGAGACGAUGCCGGCAGCAGGAUACGUCGACAUCUUUGUAGACCACGGCGCAAACUCGUCCAUCCUGGGUGGACUCGCAGUGGGUGUACCGGGCGAGAUCCGAGGAUGGGAGAAGCUUCAUGAGAAGUAUGGCAAGCUGCCCUGGAAGGAGCUCUUCCAACCGGCCAUCACGAUCAACAAGAAAGGUUUCAAGGUGCCCAAUCAGCUCGCUACUGCUAUUGCAGAGUCUAAAGCCUACGUCUGCGAUGGCAGCUACUUUGCAGAGAGCUACUGUCCCAAUGGCACAAUCGCCGUUGAAGGACAAACUAUCACGCGGCCUCGUUACGCCAAAGCACUCACUCUGAUCGCUGAGCGGGGGCCUUCGGCCUUCUACCAGGGCACUCUCGCGAACAGCACCAUCUCUGCUGUCCAGUCCUCCGGCGGCAUUAUGACACUGGAGGAUUUGGAGGGCUACCAGGCCAUCGAGAGGACCCCAGUCAAGGUCGAAUUCAAUGGCUACCAGCUUUACGCUACCUCGGCACCUUCCAGCGGAGCCGUUGUGCUGAGCGCUUUGCAGACUCUCAACCAGUACGACGAUCGAGAGACGGCAGGGUACGACCUUAUCACACAUCGUCUGAUCGAGGCUACAAAAUUCGGCUACGGAGAGCGUACCAACUAUGCCGACCCUGCCUAUGUCAAGAACGUGACCCGGCUACAGUCCGAAUACCUCAAGGUCUCUCGUGCACGAGCAAAGCGCGAUCUCAUCAAGGACAAUGCCGUACGUGCCGCCAGUGUCUACGAUCCUAGCAACAGUGCCAUCCUCAACGACGCCGGUACCUCCCAAAUCGUCGCUGCCGAUGCCUCUGGCCUGACCAUCACCCUGACCACGACGGUCAACACGUACUUUGGGAGCAAGGUGAUGACCGACUACGGCAUCAUCCUCAACAACGAGAUGGACGACUUUUCUUCUCCCGCUUCCACCAACUCCUUUGGCUACGCUCCCUCUGAGGCCAACUACGUCGCGGGCGGUAAGCGGCCCCUCUCGUCGAUUGCAGCGCUCAUUGCCGAGGAUGCCCAGGGCAAUCUGAAGCUCGCGACAGGCUCAGCCGGGGGUUCGCGCAUCAUCACCGCAAUCAUCCAAAACACCUACCACGUCCUCCAGUCCGGGAUGGACAUCCAAAGCGCUCUCGACCAACCCCGCUGGCACAACCAGCUCAGUCCCGACGUGACCAAUUUGGAGUGGGCAGCUCCUGCAGACGGGAUCAGUGAGGCGCAGGCCGUGGGAGCGAAAGCCUGGAGGGGGUUCAGCAACAGCACGGCCGACUUCCUGAAGAGCGUAGGGCACAACGUCACAUUCGUUGUGCCUGGGUCGAGCACGGCGCAGGGCUUGGAGUACUACCAUAAGCAGGGCCUCUUCUACGGUGGAGCGGAGGUGAGGCAGAUUGCUGCUGCUGCCGCUGCCGUAUAA